GCGACUGUGGUACGUGGUGGUACGUUUCAAAACAAGUUAACGGAUAGUAACGACUGAAUUGGAUUUUUUUUGUUGUGUCUGUGUGUUUUGUUUUGGGCCUUUGCAAAGCUUAACCACCAGGUUGCUACUGUUGGCUAGCCGGUCGGGUUGUAUACCUUCAAGUUGCGUUUAACGUUACUCUAUUUGGGCCUUCGAUGUGGCACUGGUGGCAGUUCUGAGCCAUAACGCAUUGCAGUGCGCAGACUUGUUUGUCUGCAUUUUUGUAACUCUUCGCCAGGCAAUAACAGCAACAACACCAAAAGACACAAUCAAGACAACUUUCGUGACGCGUCUGCGCUUCUCGUUUUUAGAAUUUUUUGUGUGUGCGACAUCUAACAAAUAUCUACAAAACCAAAAAACAAAAAAAAAAACCAACAGCAUAGCAGCAUUCAAGAUGUUCCCGCACCAACGACACACACAGCGAAUACGACACAUGAGCAUAUUCUUGUUGUUGCUACUCUAUUUGUCACAAAUCAAAGCCUGGCGACCAUGUGUAGAAUUGAGUCCAGCUUUGCGUUUACCCUGCAGAUGCAAUGUUGUUGCCUUCGGUUCAACGGGACAACUUGGCGCUGUGGCCAUGGAUUGUGAUCGUGCGGUAUUUCAUGGUGAAGCUCCUCAGCUGCCGUACGGUGCUCCCAUUGUAUCGUAUUCCCAACGUUACAGUGGCCAACAAAUUUUACCGGCACAGCACUUUGGCAAUUUAAAUUUACCCAUUGAAGAAUUGGAUUUAUCCUACAAUCUAAUACGCCGUAUACCCGAAAAGGCAUUUGAAGGUAUCAAGGACACAUUGACGGUGCUGCGAUUGGCCAACAAUUUAUUGGGCGAUAGUUUAAAUCCAAUAUUUUCAACAGCCGAAUUUCAUCCAUUGAACAAUUUGAAAUUAUUGGAUUUAUCAGCGAAUAAAAUCAAAUCGAUUGAGGAGGGUCUGCUGAAAGGGUGCGGUGAAUUGAAGGAAUUCUAUUUGGAUCGUAAUAGCCUGACAUUGGUACCAUCACAUUCCCUAAAUGGUCCCAUGUCCCUGAGACAUUUGUCCCUGAAAUAUAACCACAUAACAUUCCUGGUUCAAAAUUCGUUCAUUUCCCAACCCGAAUUGGAGAUUAUCGAUCUUCGUUACAAUGAAAUACGCGGCAUAGUUGGUGGCUCAUUUUAUGGUCUACGUCGGAUACGUGAAAUAAAAUUGGCUGGCAAUCGCAUAGUUAAUCUAAACAGUGAUGUCUUUGAAGAUUUGCCAACGCUACAAAAGCUGGAUUUGUCUGAGAAUUUCAUGCAAAAAUUCCCUGUGGUUGCCCUGGCCGCCAUUGAACAUUUAAAAUCGCUGAAUGUGUCAUCCAAUAUGUUACAGCGUUUUGACAGUAGCCACGCCCAGGUCCUUACAUCUUUGGAAUCCUUGGAUUUAAGCCGUAAUAGCAUUACCGCAAUACCACCGGGCACAUUCCGUGAAAUGAAGUCACUGAAAUAUUUGGACUUGAGUUUGAAUUCAUUGAGGACGAUCGAAGACGAUGCCCUGGAAGGGUUGGAUAGUCUGCAGACACUGAUCAUACGUGACAACAAUAUUCUUCUAGUCCCCGGUAAUGCUUUGGGACGUUUAUCCAACCUCAAUGCCUUGCAUUUGGAUUUCAACCGGGUGGCCGCCUUGUCAGCUGAAAUCUUGGGAUCCAUACAAGCUUCCGAUAUUCGUACUCUAACCCUGUCGCGUAAUGUCAUACGUGAGCUGCCCACUGGAAGUUUCCAAAUGUUUAGUAAUUUACGUUCCUUGGAUUUAUCGGGAAAUUCAUUGGCCGUUAUAAGUGCAGACAUCUUCCAAGGUCUCGAAACAUCGCUGAAUGAAUUGAAAUUAGCUCAAAAUCGUUUAACUGGCCUGGGCAACACCCCAUGGGCUUUGACGGAAUUGCGUAGCUUGGAUUUGAGUCACAAUAAUUUGGCUGAAAUUCCCAAAAACAUUUUGGAAGGCUUACAGAAUUUGCAGUAUUUGAAUUUAAGUGGCAAUCAUCAUUUGACACCCAUACCUGCCGCCCUGAUACGUCCUUUGGCACGGCUACAAAUUGUGGAUUUCAGUUUUUGUUCCAUGAAACAGUUGUCGGGUGAUUUGUUCUUAACUUUGCAGGAUUUGAAACAUAUCUAUUUGAAUGAUAACAAUAUACAGGAGAUCAAUGAUGGUACCUUUAUGGACUUGUGGAACAUCACAUCCAUUGAUUUGUCGAAUAAUCAAAUUACCUCCAUACGACCGGGAGCAUUUGUGAAUGUUAUGAGCUUGCAGAAACUGAGCUUGAGGGGAAAUCAGUUAUCGGCUUUCAAGGGAGAAUUCUUUAAUACCGGUACCGGUAUCGAGGAAUUGGAUAUAUCCAAUAAUCAUUUGAGUUAUCUAUUUCCCUCUUCGUUCCGCAUUCAUCCCCGUUUGAGAAUGAUUUUGGCGGCAAAUAACAAAUUCAGUUUCUUCCCGGCGGAAUUAAUUUCAAGCCUACAAUUCUUGGAGCAUGUGGAUUUGUCCCAAAAUCAAUUGAAAACUAUCGAGGAAUUAGAUUUUGCCCGUUUGCCACGCCUGCGGGUACUGAAAGUGGCCCACAACCAAUUGGAUAUGUUGAGUGAAAUGGCCUUCCACAAUUCGACUCAGCUGCAAGUUCUGGACUUUUCCAAUAAUAAUUUGGAUCGCAUAGGAGAGAGGACCUUUGAGGGUCUCAUACGUUUGGAAUCUUUGAAUUUGGAAAAUAAUAAACUGAACGAACUGGCUGAGGGCAUUUUUGAGAGCGGUAAAUUGGAGUUGCUGGAAAGUGUCAAUUUGGCCGGUAAUGGGUUUGAAUAUGCUCCCCUCAAAGCUUUGAGGCGGCAGUUUUAUUUCGUCUCCUCUGUAGAUUUAAGUCACAACAAAAUCACUGGCAUACCCAGUGAUGAUGAUAUGAUGGUGAAUAUUAAAAAUUUGGAUUUGUCCUUUAAUCCCCUGUCGCGCGAUGCAGUCAAACAUAUUUUGAAUGAGCCAAAAACGGUGAGGGAGUUGAACUUGGCCGGUACCGGAAUUGAUCACUUGGAAGCAUUGGAGACACCUUUCUUGCAGUACUUGAAUUUGUCGCACAACAAAUUGAAGAGUAUAGAACCAAAGGUCUUUGAACGCACCACUUUAUUGGAAACUUUGGAUUUGUCCAACAAUCUUUUGGAUAAUCUUACCGAGCUUUCAGCUGCCUGGCCAAAACUUCAGGUGCUCCACACUCUCGAUUUGUCCAAUAACAGCUUUGAACUGGUCUCCCAAGGUGACUUUGCCAAACUAUAUGCUUUAAGAUAUUUGAAACUUAAUGAUUUGAUUAAAUGUACACGUCUGGAAAAGAAUGCCUUUAAAGAUAUAACCCAUCUCUCGUCCCUGGAAGCGUUUAAUCUACCCUCUGUGGGCUAUUUGGAUUUGCAGGGAAUUUUGGAGCUAUUACCAGGUUUGGAAAUGAUAGAUGUUGAGGUAAAGGAUACGUCAAUUGGUACCGAACAAAUUCAGCCAGCCAAACAUCCUCGGUUACGCUCGCUAGGCAUAAGGGGUGACCGUUUGAAGUCAAUAUCUUCGGGAACCUUGGCUGGGUUAAAGAGCAGCGAUCUUACCAUAAAACUUCAAAAUACCUCACUUACAGCCCUGCCACCGGCCCUACUUUUCCCUGUACCCAGAUCUUCACAUCUCACAUUGGACAUUGAAGGAUCCAAGGUUGGGGUUUUGGUGCCACAGUUUCUCAAUGCCCUGGAGGAUCGCCGCUCCAGUUUGAAUUUGAAGGGUUUGGCCAGUAAUCCCAUACACUGUGAUUGUAAUGCACGGGCCUUGAGAAGAUGGUUGCCCAACUCCCGCAUGACCAAUGUGGCUUGUCAUUCUCCCGCCUAUUUGGCGGGUAAAAAACUCAUUGAAGUUGGCGAUGAUGAGUUGACCUGUGAUCCUCGGAGAAUGACCUCCACAACAGUAAGAACCACAGCAACAAAUAUGCUCAAAUCCUCCUCUCGUUUGGUAACACGCCCCACCAUGACCACCACCGAAGAACCACCCAUGAUCAUCUGGAGUAUGGAACCCACACAACCACCACCAAUGAAAAUCAAAACAAAAGCUCCGCUCAUGAAGGCACCCAUUAUGACCAAUGAUGAUACGCUCAUCAUUGGCAUUGUUGGUGGAGUGGUGGCCUUUAUUGCCAUACUCAUUAUCAUAAUUUGCAUUGUGCGCCUGCGCAUGAGCAGCAACGAUUAUCACAAUGGCCCGGCAAUGAUUGGUAUACCACCCAUGACCAUGGGUCCCGGUAGUGUUCCACUAAGCUAUAAGGGUGGACCAGCUGCUGCGGCGGCAGCUUUAUAUGCUGUACCACCCUAUGCGGCGCAGACAUAUGCCACAUUGCCCCACAAGGCGGCCUCUAUACAUCAGUCGACACAAAGUUUGGCUCAACGCCAACAGCAAGUCCAGGCCCAACAACAACAUCAGCAGCAGCAGCAACAACAACAGCAGCAGGCCCAACAGAACUAUUCGUCGCGAAUGUCCUAUUUUGGUGGUUCGACACCGCAAAAUCAACAGGCGGCAGCCAAUUUGGCAAAUGCUCAGCCGUACAUCAUCUAUUCGGAUGAUAAAGCUUAUAGAUAAGCUUAAAAAGCUUAGUAGAAUUAGUAUAUCGUUACUCUAGGAUUUAAGUUGAAAUUGUGCAAAAGUUUGAGUUGAAGCUGAACAUUUUAGGAAAGACAUUCAUUCUAUGGAAAAUCUAGAGGAGGAGAUGAAGCGGUGAAGGUAGAAGCACAAAAAUUUUCUGCAUGGCUGUCUUUAAAUGUAGAAUUAUAAAAGAAUUCCAAUCACGCUAGGAUCCCAUCGCCGAGGUCUUGUGAGUGGAAUUCUUAUUUAAAAUCAAACCUCCAAAAAGCAGACCCCAGGGGGAAGAAAAAACCGAGCAUUCUCUAUUUUUUUAGAGUGGGGACAAAAUUUGCUCGAAUUCGAGCAGAUUCUGCUCUUAACGAACAAUCUUUUAGUUCAUAGCAACAUCAAAACCGGUUUGUUCUACACAAAACAAGAGAGGGAGGAGUAAACUCCGUAUAAAAUGACCACUCUUUGAGUACUCCUGCUCGGGAGAAAGUUUCACUCCCGAGAAAAUUUAUGUGAACUUUUUGCUUCGUGUUCGUAAUUCUGAGAGUGAACAACGUUUUCAGAAACGACAAAUAUCAACCCAAUCCAUGAAUAAGAUUGCUAAAUUUUCAGAAAUUCAUGGAAAUCUUAAGCAGUAUUAUUUGGAAAGCUUCUAUCCAAUCACCAACCGCCCAAUGGACUGCCCAACAAAAAAACAAUAAAUGAAUGUGACGAAAAGCUGACUCUAACUCCUUAGUAAUUAAUAAAUUAAAAUGCACACAGUCGUUAAAUAUAUUUGUAUAUAAGAUUUAGUAAAUUUAAUAUUAUAAAUGUUAGCACUUAAAAAAAGCUGAAAAUAAUUAAGCUUCAAGCAAAGCUUUCUUUCUAAGCAAACAUUCAAAUAGUUAUAAGAUUUCACAUCAAUGAUGUAAGCAAACAACAACGCGCAUAAAAACGUUUUUAACUUUUUCAAGUCAGCAAAUAAGGUUAACUAAAAUAAAAUAUCUUCGAAAAAUUGUGAAAAUUCCAAAAAAAAUGAACUGCCUACAUUCCAUUUUCUUUCAAUAAAUAAAGGUAGUCUUCUGUCAGGCAUUGAAAUAUUUGCUGAGAAAUUGUAAGUUUAUGGAGAAUGGACGAGGAGAAAGAGGUUCUCAAUCUCCUCGUUCUCUCCCUCUCAUCCACAUUUCUUACGAAAUGUUCUAAUGUCUGGAACAUGGUAUUUCAAAUCAUUUUAUCGAGAUUAUAUUCAACAUUGUUUGAUUCAUGUAUGUACAUUUAAUCUACAGAGGAUUUUCAACAACGAAUUACUAUAAGUUAAACAUUUCGAAAAAGACAAAAUAAUUAAUAAUACGCAUGAAAUUCUAAUAUAAUUUGUUGUAAUUAAUAUUAAUAAUUUAAAUAUAAAGAAUAAUUUUAAGUCGCAUAUUCGUGAAUCUUUAUUACGAAGCGAAGAAUAUGUUUUGAAUUAUGUGCAAAUAAUUAAGUACAAUAAAUAUUAUUGCAUUAUGAUAUUAAGUAUGAAAUAAAGAUAUUCACAUACAUAUAAAUAAUCUAAAAUGAAA